AUGAUCUAUGUAUUUUUAUGUGGUUUUCUACUACUACCAACAAAUGUGAAAGGCUUUAAUUUUGGUUUUCCUUCAAAAAGUUUUAUGAAAAUGCCCGAGGAUCUGCAAGUAGAUCCCGAUGGUUAUUUUGAUAUUAUAGAAAAACCUGAACAAUUUAUACAGAUAGAUAAGCAAAUUGCUCCCAAUACUAAAGGAAACGUAGCUGGCAAAUCACCUGCCCAUGUUCAACAUUUGCUUGAAUUGGCGGCUGCAGAAGCCGACAAAGAAGCUUCGUUUUCCUCUAAAAAGGCACGCAAAAAAUCACAAAAUCAUUUGCCAGCCUUUAUGUUCAAUAGCGAUGUCUCAAAAAUACAAUCUAAUGCCAAGAAUAUUGAACAUGAUACACAUCACAAUUUCUUUUAUGAACGCAACAUCAUAGUGGAACCCAGCGUGCCACCAGAGAAACUUCUAACGGAGAAAAAAGAUAAAGGUGAUGACUCGCAAGGCAUACCCAAAGAGAAACUAAGACAAAUGACAUUGAAAAGGCGUUUGUUUAAGCAGCUCAAGGGUCGUAAGGUGCGUGGACCCAAGAGACACAAGAAGCGUAGUAAUGCGCAAAAACACAAGAAGACAAAAUUGCAAAACAGUGCUCCCCUACUAAUGCAGCAUAAUGAUUUAAUCCUGGAUGACAGCACACAAAAUGAUGUUAUAAAUCGUCCAAAACGUGCUGUAACCGCUAAAAAAGAAAGAAUCUGGGAUUAUGGUGUUAUACCCUAUGAAAUUGAUCAUAUUUUUAGUGGAGCACACAAGGCACUCUUCAAGCAGGCCAUGAGACAUUGGGAAAAUUUUACUUGUAUUAAGUUUGUGGAAAGAGAUCCCAAAGUGCAUCCAAAUUAUAUAUAUUUUACCAUUAAAAAUUGUGGCUGCUGUUCUUUUGUGGGUAAACGUGGCAAUGGCCGCCAAGCUAUUUCUAUAGGACGUAAUUGUGAAAAAUUUGGCAUUGUGGUGCAUGAACUGGGUCAUGUGGUGGGCUUUUGGCAUGAACACACACGCACAGAUCGUGAUCAACAUAUUAUCAUUAAUAAGGCGAAUAUAAUGAAGGGUCAGGAAUAUAAUUUUGAUGUUUUAUCACCCGAAGAUGUGGAUUCAUUGGGUUUACCCUAUGAUUACAAUUCGAUAAUGCACUAUGCUCGCAAUACUUUUUCGAAAAGUGUUUAUCUCGAUACUAUACAACCUUUGGGUGUGCGUGAACAUGAAAAGAUAGAAAUUGGCCAACGUAUUAAGUUGAGUAAGGGUGAUAUAGCUCAGGCCAAUUUACUGUAUAAAUGUGCCACUUGUGGCCGCACUUUUCAACAGAAUGCGGGUCAAAUUGUUGCACCUCAUUAUAGUUAUAAGGGAGGCAGUGGUAAUGAUCUAAAUGAUGAGGUCGAGGGUAGUGGCAGUGAUGGUGAUUAUGAUUUUAAUGGAGAUUUCGAUAAAUCUUUGGAAUCUUGUGAAUGGCGUAUAACGGCUACGAAUGGUGAGAGGAUUAUAUUGCAGUUGCAUCAAGUGAACCUCUUCCUUUCCCCCGACUGUACCGAUGAUUAUGUGGAAAUACGUGAUGGUUAUUGGCAUAAAUCACCCGUUAUACAACGUUUAUGUGGGAAUCAUACAUCUGUAACUAUAAAAAGUGACUCCAGUCGUAUGCUGAUUAGUUAUGUUAAUCGGCGUAGUAUUAAAGGUUUUCGCGGUUUUAUAGCUGAUUUUGAGGUGGUCUGUGGUGGUGAUAUAUUUCUAACCGAAGAUCGGCGCAUAGACUCACCCAACUAUCCUCUAGAGUACUUUCCCGAUAAAGAGUGUAUUUGGCGUAUAACCGUACCCGAUAAUCAUCAAGUGGCCUUAAAGUUUCAAUCAUUUGAAUUGGAAAAUCAUGAUAAUUGUAUUUACGAUUAUGUAGAGAUAAGAGAUGGCAAUAGUUCCGAGUCCAAAUUAAUAGGAAUAUUUUGUGGCUACAAAUUGCCACCAAAUAUAAAAACCAAUAGCAAUCAAAUGUAUUUGAAAUUUGUAUCGGAUGGCUCAGUGCAAAAAGUUGGCUUUUCAGCUGUAUUCAUGAAGGAAGUCGAUGAAUGUAAAUUUGCCAAUCAUGGCUGUGAACACGAAUGUAUAAAUACUUUGGGGAGCUAUCAGUGUGGUUGUUUUGCCGGCUAUGAAUUGCAGCCAAAUGGCAGAACAUGUGAAGAUGCUUGUGGUGGUAUCAUCGAUGCCAGUGUGGGCAGUGGUAUGGUUAACUCACCCUCUUGGCCAGAUGUCUAUCCCAUUUCUAAGGAAUGCAUUUGGGAAAUUGUGGCUCCCGCUAAUCAUGCAGUUUUUCUAAAUUUUACUGCCUUCGAUUUGGAGGGCACUAAGUUCCAAUAUACCGAAUGUAAUUAUGAUUAUUUGGUGAUUUAUUCAAAGUUGCGGGAUAAUAGAUUGAAGAAAAUUGGUGUUUAUUGUGGUCAUGAAAUACCUCCUAUUAUUAAUUCGGAACAGAGUAUUUUACGUUUGGAAUUCUUUUCGGAUAAAUCGGUACAGCAUACAGGAUUCUCGGCGAAAUUUGAAAUAGAUACCGACGAGUGCAGCAUCAACAAUGGGGGCUGUCAACAUCAUUGUCGCAAUACUUUCGGUUCGUACAUUUGUAGUUGUCGUAACGGUUAUAGCCUACAUGAAAAUCGUCAUAAUUGUACCGAAACCAAGUGUAAAUUUGAAAUAACCAAUCCUUACGGGGUAAUCUCCAGUCCCAGAUAUCCAGAGGAUUAUCCUCGUAAUAUCUAUUGUUAUUGGCAUUUUCAUACCGUCUUGGGUCAUCGGGUCCAAUUGACAUUCCAUGAAUUUCAAUUGGAAAAUCAUCAAGAAUGUAUAUAUGAUUUUGUGGCCAUACAUGAUGGUAAAUCGGAAAAUAGUUCGACCUUAGGUAUAUAUUGUGGAGGUAGGGAACCGUAUGCUGUGGUGGCUUCCUCCAAUGAUAUGUUUAUGGUUUUGAAAACGGAUGCAGGUUUACAGCGUAAAGGUUUCUUUGCCACCUAUUCAACGGAAUGUGGUGGCUAUUUAAGGGCCACAAAUCACUCUCAAAUAUUCUAUUCACAUCCGCGUUAUGGUUCAAGACCUUAUAAACGUAAUAUGUAUUGUAAUUGGCGCAUACAAUCGGAUCCGGAGAGUAGUGUUAAAAUUAAAUUUUUACACUUUGAAAUUGAAUAUUCAGAGAGAUGUGAUUAUGAUUCUUUGGAAAUAUCGGAGGAACAAAGUUUUCAGCGUAAUACCAAUCAUGGCAAAUACUGUGGCAAUAGGAAACCUCCUGUUAUAGUGUCCUAUUCCGAUACCAUUUUAAUACGUUUUCAAUCGGAUGAGAGCACCUCCCUUAAAGGUUUUGCCAUCUCUUUCAUGGCCGUUGAACCCCCCGAUGAUGAUAAUGGUGAUGAUUUUAUGUCGGUUACUCCUUUUCCCGGUUACAUGAAAUCGGUGUAUUAUUCCUCCGAGUCUCAAAGUUCCGAGGAAGAAGAUGAUGAUCACUACAAAGACAAUAGAGGUUAUACACCCUAUCGAACAGCCAGUCAACGUUUUCGUUUAAAUUAAUUUGUAUUUCUUUGUAAAAUUUUUUUUGUUUAAGUUUAAUUUAUACAAAUUGCAGGUUUUAGUUUGUAAACUAUAUAAGUUAGGGGCGGGGAGGAGAGGAGUUAGCAUGGUUAAGUGCCAGUUCAUACAAAUUUUGUUAGUUUUUUGUUCUCUAA